AUGAGACUAAGCGGGAUAAGAAAGAAAGUAGACCCGUUAUUAAUCGUUAGCAAAAGACUACCAUCUUAUUUAAAAAAAGAAAAAAUAAAUUUAUCAAAAACGAGUAAGAAUAAUAACGAUAAUAGUAACAAAUUUAAUAAAAAACAUGUAAAAUAUAAUCAAAUCCCCGCAUUUGUUCAGGAUAUAAUUAAAUUCACAAAAAAAAAUAAAUAUAACUAUGAAACAAAUGAUGUAUCAAUAGAUAAGAAUAAAAUUAUUUAUUUUAAUAACUUACUAAAUGAAAUUGAAAAGAAUAAAAAUGUAUUAACAUCAACGUUAAUACAUGAUAUAUAUCAAUGUUUAUACAAAUUAAAUUACUUAAAGAUAGAUAUUAUUUGUAAUCUAUUUAGUAUAUUAAUAAAUAAUACUAUAGAUUUUUCAAAUUUAAAAGGAUAUGUUAACUGUGAUUUUAAGGAGCUAAUAAAUAUUACGCAAUAUUUAUAUCAUUUUCAAAAUAUAUGUAAAAAAAAUAUACAGUCUAUUCUUUAUAACAACAAGGAAUACUUUAAUCUCAAAGUUGUUCAACGAUUUGUUAAGGAAAAUGGGGAUAAUAUAAGUUUCGAUAAUAGUAGUUAUAAAAAUAUAAUAUAUACGAAUAUAUACAAUUAUAUAGCUAAAUAUGAUCAAGCAGAAAAUAUAGACAUCUUAUUACAUUCUAUUAUAAAGGCAAAUAAUCAUUCAAAUAAGAAAAAAGAAAAACAAAUAGACGAAAUGCCAUCCCAAUCUGAUAGCCUACUAAUUGACUUAAAUACACAAUGGCAGCAUUCGGAUCAAAUAAAAAUACUUGAAAAAAAAAGCCCUAUUAAAUGUGGCAUUAUAGAAAACAGUGGUUGCUUAAAUAAUGAGCAUACAGAAGAAGAUUACAAAAAAAAUGAAACCUCAAACUUGUCAUAUAUGCAUUCAAAUGAAAAAAGUGUAAAAGAAGGCGAAGAAGAAUUCUUGAUUGAAUAUAUAAACAGCUUUUACAAGUUAAAUGAUAUGUUUACAUUUAUACUAAAUAAAGUACUAAAUUAUUUUAACGAAAACACCAACCUAUUUGAUUUUUAUAAUUUAAAAUUGUUAUUCUUUUAUCUAGGAAAAUAUAAAAAGUUCGAUAUAAAUUUAUUAGAAAAAAUAUCAAAUAAGCUUAUUGACGAAAUAGAAAAUAUUAAGACAAAUCACAAGCUUGUAUCAGAUAAUGAUGCAUUUGAAGAAAAUAAAAAAUAUAAUUAUGCAAAUAAUAAUCAACGAAAAAAAAAAAAAAAAUUUAUAAACACAUUUUCAAAAAUUGACUCGAAAGAAUUUUUAAUUAUACCAUAUACUAUAGGUGUGUCUAUGAAUACACAUUUUAAUAAUUAUUUAAUUGAGUAUGUAAAUAUUUAUAUACUUAGUCUAAUAAAUUCAAGAAUUAAUUGUGAUGUUGUAAAUAUUAUUUAUUGUUUAGUUGGAUAUAAACAUAUUAUGAUCAUUUUUUUUAUUAUGUAUAAUAUUUUUAAAUUUAAGGAAAAUACUAUGCAAGAUAUUAAUUAUUUAAAUAAAUACAAUACAUUUUUAAAAAGAAUAAUUAAAAAUAAAAUUAAUAUUUCACAAAUAUAUUCUGAAAACUUAAAUAUAAUAUCAGAAAAAGAAAAUGAAUUUACAAACAACAUCAAUGGAACUAGUACCGAUCUUAAUGCUCAAAAAAAAAUGGAAGCAUUUUUUGAAAACGAAAUGAAUAAUAAUUGUAGAUUAGAGAAAAUGAAUUUCAAUUUGAAAAACCAAGAGGAAAACGCUAAUAAAAAUAUAGAUCAAAAUAACAAUAUUAAUAAUCAUAGCUGUUCAUAUAAUACAAAAAUAGAUCACAAUAUAAACGAUUUGAUAAACCCUGAUUAUGUUUUCAAUUUUCUAUUGAAGGAAUUCGAAAUAAAUGUUAAUAAAAUAUCACUAAUAAAUACAAAUAAAAAUUCUUUGAAUUAUAGUUAUGAUAGCAAACAACUGGAAGAAUUUUAUAUUUAUUAUAAAAAUAUUUUUUAUAAAGUUUACCAUUAUUCUAUAUUUUUACUGAAUAAAUAUGAUAUUAAAGACAUGCUCAAAAUAUAUCAAAAUUUAAAAUCAAUUUCGUUAAAUGAUGAUAUUAUAAAUAAUAUAUAUACCGAAGUACUUUGUGAUAAAAUUACUCUUAAUUCACCUAAUAACCAAAAUGCUUCAAGUUUAAUCAACAUUAUUUCAGAAAAAUAA